AUGGGUAUAUGGUAUCCGGUGAUUCCCGGCGCAUUUUACGCUCCUGUGGCUGGCGAAAGCCGGCCUAUCUUCUACUGGGAGGCGCUCGCGGUACUCUGCGCUCUUCGACUCCUUCGCCCGGUGGUCCCGGAACGUUCGCGUGUCCUCAUAUACUGUGAUAACCAAAACACCGUUCAGCUUUUCUCCACUUUGGCGGCGAAGCCGGCGUACAACACCAUACUAAAAUCCGCUGUUGAUAUUCUGAUUGAGAAGAACUGGGAUCUGCGGGUGAAGUGGAUUGCUUCCGAGGAGAACGCCGUGGCGGACGCAGUCUCACGUCACGAUUUUGCGAAGGCGGUUCGUCUAUGCCCGAGGCUCCAAAUCCAACCAGUUGCGCCCCCG